CAGCCAGACCCAGCAGCCCCCGCGAGAGGGGAGUCGCUGACGCAGUCGCAGUCACUUCUUGCCUGCUGAGAAGGAGGGGUCACGCUGUAUGACCCGGAAGUGUCUCUCUGUUCAGUGGUGGAGAAAGGAGACCACAGAGAGCUGGGGUUUGGACGUGGUUUCUUUGCACUGUCUUCAGUAUGCAGCGAUUGCUCUUUCCGCCCCUGAAGGCCUUGGUGGGGAGCCCGUGUCUCCGGCUCCUUGUUCCUAGGGCGGCGCCUAGAACCCAGUGUGGUUGGAGCUGUGGGAUCAGGCACUCCCUGAGGCCAGGGCAGUACAGCACCAUCUCUGAAGUAACUUUGCAGUCUGGAAGAGGUACAGUGUCCCUUCCCUCAAAAGCUGCUGAGCGGGUGGUAGGUCGAUGGCUCCUGGUCUGCAGUGGAACAGUGGCUGGAGCAGUUAUUCUUGGUGGAGUGACUAGGUUGACAGAGUCUGGCCUCUCAAUGGUAGACUGGCAUUUGAUAAAGGAGAUGAAACCACCUACUAGUCAAGAGGAGUGGGAAACAGAAUUCCAAAAAUAUCAGCAAUUUCCAGAAUUUAAAAUCUUGAAUCAUGAUAUGACACUGGCCGAAUUCAAGUUCAUCUGGUACAUGGAGUACUCACACCGAAUGUGGGGUCGCCUUGUGGGCCUUGCAUACAUCCUGCCUGCUGCCUACUUUUGGAGAAAGGGAUGGCUCAGCCGUGGCAUGAAAGGACGUGUUCUUGCGCUAUGUGGGUUAGUCUGCUUCCAGGGUCUGUUGGGAUGGUAUAUGGUGAAAAGUGGAUUAGAAGAAAAACCAGACUCCCAUGACAUCCCUCGAGUCAGUCAGUAUCGCCUCGCCGCCCACCUGGGAUCAGCUCUUGUUCUUUAUUGUGCCAGCUUAUGGACUUCGCUCUCUCUGCUGCUACCUCAGCACAAGUUGCCUGAAACUCGUCAGCUCCUGUGGCUGAGGCGAUGUGCUCAUGGAACGGCAGGCCUGGUGUUCCUUACCGCACUCUCAGGGGCUUUUGUGGCAGGGCUGGAUGCUGGGCUUGUGUACAACUCUUUCCCAAAGAUGGGAGAAUCUUGGGUCCCGGAGGAUCUCUUUACCUUCUCUCCCGUCCUGAAGAAUGUUUUUGAGAAUCCCACCAUGGUGCAGUUUGAUCACCGGAUUUUGGGAAUCACUUCAGUUACAGCUGUGACAGUGCUCUACUUCCUCUCCCGGAGAAUCUCCCUUCCUCGAAGGACCAAGAUGGCCGCAGCGACUUUGCUAGCUUUGGCAUAUACACAGGUGGGCUUGGGCAUUAGCACUCUGCUGAUGUACGUUCCAACUCCUCUGGCUGCCACUCACCAGUCGGGCUCCCUGGCUCUGCUCAGUGUUGCCCUUUGGCUCAUGAGUGAACUCCGAAGAGUCCCAAAAUAAUUCUCAGAGGAUCGGCUUCCUAGGACUGAAAGUGCUUUUGAGAACUCAUCAGAGAGCACAGAACUUGGGAGUUUUCCUUUUAAAAGGAUGACCUUGGCAUACCAAAUUGGCCAAGUUAUUUAAAAUUCUUUGUCUGUUUUUGACAAAGUCACUGGAUCCAGAGUGUCAUUAAGUAUGGUUAACUUGAGUCCUUUUUUAAAAUAUUUGUAAAUUUGGUUUUCUUGUUGAAAAUCAUGUUUAAUGUACUAGAUAAAGAAAUGUCUGCCUUUGCUGCUUAA